AAUUGUGUUUGUUUAUUUUCUGCUGUCAAAACAAGGUAGUUUGCUUUAAGGAACCAUUAUUUAUUCUAAAUUUUCAAUGAAAUACAAUACAAUGGCACUUGGAAUCGAACAUGAAAGAGUUGAAUAUGAGGAUUUGAAAAUAUGUGGCGAAAUUACCACACUGAUGUCGAUUGGAAAGAAAGAGUUUUUCUUGAACUGCGAGUUUUGCGACGCCUCAUUUUUAAAAUUAGACGACUUCAUACAACACAUUUCCGAAGAGCAUUUGAGCAAAUUUAUGGGACUAAAUUUGAAGCAGAAUUUAACAUCGUGCCCACUUCAAUCUGAAGAAGAAAUAGGAGACGUGGAAAUAUGCAUGCAAUCAGAAAGCUUUUCUGAGGAAAAUGAUGACACACAAUAUGAUUUGAGAGCUUUUGAAAAAAUUGAAAUCGAAUUAGACUCAAAUGGAAUUAAUAAUUCAUUAGAUUCCGAAAGUGCAGCUUUAGAAGAAAUAACGGAUACAGAAAGCCUACAAUCCUUAGUAACAAACGAAUUAGGUGAGUUCUCAGAAGAAAUAAAUGAAACUCAUGGGAAUGCAGAUUUGAUCCCUUAUGCUCAACAUGAUCUCUGUGACGCACAACUUGAUUUGACGGAACAUUGCAAAAAUAAAGACGAAAAGGACGAUAAAAAAAAAUUCAUCAUCGAAUUCAUUGAGGUAUACCGCUCGUUGCAAUCAUUAUGGAACACAAAUUUAAAGGCCUAUCAAAACCGAGUACUAAAAAAUGAACAGUAUGAAAUUUUGCUUAAAAAAUAUAAAGAGGAAUAUCCAGAAGCUACGAUGGAGGACGUUAAGCAAAAAAUACAGCGACUUCGCUCAAAUUUUAGGCGGGAAUUGAGACGAAUGGACCCAUUUGGUAUAACCACUCUCUACUAUUUCGACGCAAUGAAUUUUCUACGAAACAUCAUACCACUUUCUGAAUCACGUAAAAAUAUUCAUGGAUAUGAUGAGUCACAGGAUGCUUUGGAACCAAUUCUCAAAAAGUUUACUGUAUCGGAGAGCCUUUUAGAUGAUGCACAAUUCAUUCAAUUAGCUAAAAUAUACAAGAAGUAUCCUUGCCUCUGGGAUGAAAAGGACAUUGCGUAUAGAUUCGCUAAUAGGCGUCGUGAAGCGUUGAAUAACGUACUUAAAGAGUUGAAUGAAAAAUGUAAGCUGAACCUAGUGAAAAAUGAUUUCGAAAAAGAAACUGCGCGACUACGGAAAAUAUGUUCAAACGAGAAGAAACAAAAAAUAGCAUGUAAACGUAAUAACUUAGUGUUUAAACCAAGAUGCCCUUAUUAUGACCACAUUUCAUUCCUUGAAGUCGAUGUAACCCCUUAUGAAUGUUUAAUAUGUGGUCUAGUAGUUUCUGGUCCAUGUCAGUUCAAAAUCCAUUUAUCGUCUCACGAUGGUUCACUACCAUUCAAAUGUCAUGUUUGUGGGCAUGGCUUUAGGUUGGUCACAAAUUUAACAGUUCAUUUACGGAGACAUGUACAUGAUUAUACAUACAGUUGUAAGGUGUGUAAUAAGCCCUGCGCAACGACCACAGAAUUAAAAACGCAUUUACGUUUGCAUACCGGUGAGAGACCGUAUGUUUGCGAUAUUUGUGGCAAAGCAAUGCGAUCAUGGGCUGAAUUCAGUAGGCAUAUGGAACGUCACGCAAAACUACCGCGACAUAAGUGUGAAAUUUGCUCCAAGUCAUUCUAUGAAAAACGAAAAUUAAAGGAGCACAUGAAUGUUCACUUAAAAGUCCGGAACGAUAUAUGUGAUGUGUGUAACAAAGGAUUUACAAGUGUUAAACUCUUAAGACAGCAUAAACUAAUUCAUGAUAUAGAAAAAAAAUUUGUAUGUAAGCUUUGUGGAAAACGAUUCGCGCAAUGUGCGGGUCUUAAUUCACAUAUGAAAUCUCAUGGUACAAAGUUAUCUGCGAUGCCAUUGAGAAACUUUAAUUUAGAGCAAGAAUAAUUGUAUAAAUAUACAAAUGUAAGCUACAUAAGCAAUUCAAUACGUUCGAAUGAAAUAAAGUGCUGGCCGAAUUCGGCAAAAUAA